GGGUUUGUUGGAAGAAAUAGAUUUACCUUUCGAUUUCGGCUGGUUUCUCUUCCCAGAGAUUUCUGUUCUGCGGAAGAUUGUCGGCCCAGCCUUCCGGGCUGCGAGAGCUUAAGGAACUGCUGUUGCUGUUGCUACUCCAAGCGUGCAGCGAGAAAUGGAGCAGGUCCGUGCAUUGCGCCGAGCCAUGAUUUGCCGUGGGUCUUUUGGCUGAUGAGAAGAACCAUUUGAAAUAUAAUAUACAUUUAGUUCAGGGCAUGAAAAAUGGGACAUUGGUGAUAUUUCUGCGGAGAAAGUGCUGCAAUAGGCUGAGAUGGCAAUUCUAGGCUUAAGCUCUAUAAACUAUUACACUUUGAGGAAAAGAGGCACUUUUAUGCUGAAACUUGUAUGUUUUACUCUGACAGUAUUCAUUUUCUGUGAAUUUUUAAUUUAUUAUGUAGUUAUAAUUCAGUGUCAUUGGCCAGAAUUGAAAAAUCAGACUCCAGGGACUAACAAACAGAAUUCACAUUCUGUCUUGAAAACCAUAUUUUUAUCAGAUCCUCAUUUGCUUGGUAAAAUCAAUGGACAUUGGUUGGACAAGCUAAGGAGGGAAUGGCAAAUGGAGAGAGCCUUCCAAAGUGCCCUCUGGCUUCUGCAGCCAGAAAUAGUCUUUAUCCUUGGUGAUAUCUUUGAUGAAGGAAAAUGGAGCUCUCCCCAGGCUUGGUCAGAUGAUGUAAGACGCUAUCAGAAAAUAUUUUGGCAUCCGGACCAGGCAGAAGUAAUUGGUAUUGUUGGCAAUCAUGACAUUGGCUUUCAUUAUGAGAUGACAUCAUUCAAGUUGGAACGUUUCUCUAAAGUUUUCAACUUCUCUUCUGAAAAAAUGAUAACUCGGAAAGGGAUAAACUUUCUUAUAGUGAACAGUGUUGCUCUUGAAGGAGAUGGCUGUAUAAUUUGCAGAACAGCAGAGGCAAAACUCAUUGAACUUUCUCACCAGCUGAACUGUUCGUUGCAGGAACAAAAUCAAUAUAAAAAAAGCUGUAGUGAUGUGGAGAAGCUCCCAGCUUCAGCUCCAAUUCUGUUGCAGCAUUAUCCUCUUUAUAGAAGAAGUGACUCAGAAUGUACAGGAGAAGAUUCUGCUCCCCUGGAGAAAAAGAAUGACCUCUUUAGAGAGAAGUAUGAUGUGCUUUCUCAGGAAGCUUCCCAGAAGCUGUUAUGGUGGUUUCAUCCUCGAUUGAUUUUGAGUGGUCAUACGCAUAGUGCCUGUGAAGUGCUGCAUAAUGGUAACAUUCCUGAAAUCAGCGUUCCAUCAUUCAGUUGGAGGAACAGAAACAAUCCUAGUUUCAUAAUGGGCAGCAUAACAUCAACAGAUGUCUCUCUCUACAAGUGCUUUCUUCCAUAUGAGAACACAGUCAUAACUAUUUACUGUACAGCAGGAUCUGUACUGGUGGUCCUCAUCCUGGCUCACUUUCAGCCCCUCCUUUCCCCUUACCAUUUUGUUCAGCGUUUAAUCACUAAGUAUAAAGCACUAUGAAAAGUCAGACACUUGGAAUCAGUCACCGACACACCAAAGCUAAAGAACAGUCCAUCAGACUACAUUCAUGCCAGCAAAUGCGUACUUGAAUUGCUAGCCCAAAGGCAAAUUGCCCUUACAGACAGAAAGCUCUAGACAGUUGAUAGGACUUUUUUACUACAGGAUAAAGUAACUGCUUCAUGCUGUACAAAAAUAUUGUAUUCUACAAUCGAAUGAUUUUCUUGCUAAAUUUUUUUGUAUCAAAUAUGUAUAUUAAAAGUUUGUAACUGUACACUAAGUUCUACAAGCCUCCUUUUGUGUCUGCACUAGUGCCCUAUGCUGUUAGAGGCUCAGUCUUUAUAAUAGAAAAGAAUUUUAAAGUGUUAUUGCUGCGUGACCGUCUGAAGUGGUACUUCUUUUCCUUGAUGUCAGCAAUACAAGAUCUAGUUAUUUUACAGCAAGGUAUUACCAAAACAGAAGCAAAACAUAAUAAUAAUAGGUGACGUAACUUUCUACCCUCAUGUGUCACUUUUAGAUUAGAUGUAAAUAGUUUUAGAUGGAAGUCAUGUAACCGAAUCAACGAACACCUAUUUGCUAAUAGGUUUGCAGAGUAUUGGCAAACCAGGUAGAAACUGAGGAGAAACCUUGCACAUCUGGAAUAAGGGUGUGCACUCUGUAUCCAUGAACACACGGAAUGAAGCUUGGCUGAAUGUUUUCCCUGGAAUAAGAUGUAAGCAGCUACGGUAAGAUUCAUACAGGUUUUAUGGUAUGACUCAAUUUGCGUGGCUGACUUUUCUCCCCCAAGAGAAAUAAACCUUACCAGAAAACUUUGCAUUCCAUUCCUAAAUGUUUAAGUCCUAUCUGAUUAAUAGCAUUCUAAAAAAUAGUGCUUAAGUAUGCAACUUAAAAAGGCAUUAUAAAUUAAGCUGCAGGAAUUUUUAAACUUGGUUUUCUUCAUCUACUUAUAUAAAUUUUAAAGUAAAUUUUAUUUAGUAAAGAAGAGUUUAGGUUAGCCUUCCUCAGCAUAAUGUUCACCUAAGCAUUGAGACAACAGCCCAGACAAAAUUUCCAGCCAUGCUGGAAAGAGUUCUGGAAGCUGUGAGCAAAAUCCAUUUAGAGGGCAUUAGAUGGAUACACAGUAAAAUUGUAGGUGAAACCUUGUCUGAACUAUAGAAUAUAAUCAUGUGUGACAUUUUUAGCAGAGAGAGAAGAUGGGAUAGAAUUAUAGUGACUCCACCCCACUCCAUAACAGAACCAUCCCCUUGUUAUAUUCCCCCAUUUUUAACAGGCAGUAGUUUACAUUUGCACUGGUUUGUCUUUAGAGUAAAUAUGAAUCAUUAGACUGGUUUGUCUUCAUCAUAUCAAGAUAAGUGUCUCCCCAUCAUUUUGGAAACAUAACAAGGUUAUGACUGAAUACAGUAUGUCAAGGUAACAGUUUCAGAGUGGAUCUAAAAUGCUGAAGAGCUCUUCAGAACUAGAGUAACUUGAUAGAUUACUAGCCUGAUUCUUUUGCAGAGAUACAAUGGUUUCUCAGUUACCUAGAAAGUGAUCUGGGGUUAUAUAUGCAAUAAACAUGCCUUCCUAAUUUAAAAAUAGUUUCACAUUAUGCCAUCAAAAUAUUUAAGAGUAAUUUGUCUUUGUAUUUAUAGCAAAAGGCAAAGAUAAUCCAAGUGUUAUAAUCUAUGAAGUUCUGAAUUUGUUAUUGCAACUACAAAUUUUAAAUAUUUGUACAGAUUAUCUCAGGCACAGGAAACUGUACUCUGACAUAACACCUAUGUAUAAAAUAUAAAACAAUCUCAUAGUUACAGAGAAAGGCAUGCCUUAUUGCUACACCAAUUCUUGCUUUUAUGCUGAACUGUACCACAACUUAUUUUGUGAAUGUCAUUUGCAUAAAUUAUUCAAGUUUGAAAAACAUUAUGAUUCUACAAUAUUUAAAAUAAAACCAUUUUCUAAGGUCUGUUUAUUAAGAGAAAUAAA